GGAAAUGCAAAAAUCGCGCGAUUAUCCGCUCCGAUAAGGUGCCACGCAUCCGCGGGAGCAGCUCGUACUUAUUUCCGGCCUUAAAAAUGUCACGGCGCAUUUGCCGGUGUAGAUAGCGCGGGCCCGCCUCGAAAUUCUCGUCGCGCCUCGAGAACGAAUAAUAUGCACUGAUAUUCCCUCCAGAAUAUUCUUAGCGAUCGCAACGGUGAGACUCGAGGCCGAGACGGUGAUAUGGCGAUGCUUCAUUCGUUACGUUCUGUCGGGAGUAGACUCGUAGCAGCCAGUUGUAGACGUUUAUGGACUUCCAGGACUUUGCUAGCCGAUCAAAUUGAAAAAGAUAAUGUCAGAAAGGAAUCGCAAGAAUCUACUUAUGAAGAAAAUGACGAGGAGUAUGAGAAAAAUAUUAAGAUAAAAAUACUUGGCGCUUCUCUAAAAUUUGUUCCUGAUAUGGGAUGGAGCAAACAAGCUAUAAGUGCCGGUGCUGAAUCAAUCGGAUAUCCGGGUGUGAUACACGGACUAUUUCCAAACGGUGGCGCAGAUUUAGUACAGCAUUUUUACUUUAUAUGCAACCAGCAAUUAAAUCAAAUCCUGAAGAAAGAAGCACUGGCCAUCGAAGCAAAUCCGCCGAGUCGGAAGACACCAGAACAACAAGUUCGCGAUGCCGUGGAAACACGGUUAAGAAUGGUGAUUCCCUACAAGAAAACCUGGCCACAAGCAAUGGCUAUUAUGACCUUACCGCCGAAUGUACCGACUGCUUUAGCGAAUUUAUUAACUUUAGUCGAUGAUAUUUGCUAUUAUGCCGGCGAUAGGUCUGUCGAUAUCAAUUGGUACGUUAGAAGAGUGAUACUAGCAACUAUUUACAAAACCACUGAAUUGUACAUGUUGCAAGAUACGAGUGAAGAUCACAGAGAAACCUGGCUAUUUCUAGAGAGAUUAAUAAAUGAUGCUGUACAAAUACAAACGGCGCUUUUCAUUUCCGCCAAACCAGACGAGACUCUAAACCGUGUUACAGAAACAGCUACUGCUGCUUUUAUAACGGCCCGAAAUAUACUUGGGUUGAAUUAAAACAUGUUAAAAAUAUUUAGGGAAUAGAGAAAUUCUAUAGAUGUUCUUAAAUAAGAAUAAUUAAAAUAUUUCUUAAUAAAAUUAAAA